ACAUAUCCUAACUAACUCUCAUACCAACAUGUCUACAGAAUGGAGAUUCCUCUUCAUCUGCCUCUUUCUCCAACUCCUCCCCUUGUUCUCCAUUUCUGAGUCAACUCAUCCACAGUUCCCAUGUAUGCCACCAACCAAUAGUGACUAUCCCUUCUGCAACACUUCCCUCCCCAUAUCUACCAGAGCUCAAUCUCUCGUCUCCCUCCUCACCCUCUCUGAAAAGAUACAGCAACUUUCCGAUGAGGCCGCUGCUAUAUCUAGGCUUUAUAUCCCUGCCUAUGAGUGGUGGUCCGAGUCGCUCCACGGGAUUGCCACCAAUGGCCCCGGAGUCUCCUUCAACGGCACCGUUUCAGCUGCCACUAGCUUCCCUCAAGUUCUUCUUACUGCCGCUUCUUUCAAUCGGAGCCUUUGGUUUUCAAUUGGAUCCGCCAUCGCCGUGGAGGCUCGGGCAAUGUACAAUGUGGGUCAAGCUGGAUUGACGUUUUGGGCGCCUAAUAUCAAUAUUUUUAGGGACCCAAGAUGGGGGAGAGGCCAAGAGACGCCCGGAGAAGACCCCAUGGUGGCGUCUGCUUACGCGGUGGAGUUCGUGAGGGGUUUUCAGGGUGGGAAUUGGAAGGGCGGCGAUGAAAUUAGAGGUGCGGUAGGUAAGAAGAGGGUGUUGCGAGGGGAUAGUGAUGGUGAUGGGCUGAUGCUUUCUGCUUGUUGCAAGCAUCUUACUGCUUAUGACUUGGAGAAAUGGGGGAAUUUCAGUAGAUAUAGCUUCGAUGCUGUGGUUUCAAAUCAGGACCUGGAGGAUACCUACCAACCCCCAUUUCGUAGUUGCGUUCAGCAAGGUAAAGCAAGCUGCUUAAUGUGUUCAUACAAUCGGGUGAAUGGUGUGCCAGCAUGUGCCCGGCAGGAUCUCUUCCAGAAAGCCAAAACUGAGUGGGGCUUCAAAGGAUAUAUAACCUCAGACUGUGAUGCUGUGGCAACUGUUUAUGAAUAUCAGCAUUAUGCAAACUCCCCUGAAGAUGCAGUGGCUGAUGUUCUCAAAGCAGGAACUGACAUAAAUUGUGGAUCAUAUAUGUUGAGACACACACAAUCUGCAAUAGAUCAGGGGAAGGUGAAAGAAGAAGACAUAGACAGAGCCCUUUUCAAUCUGUUUUCAGUUCAAAUGCGCCUUGGGCUUUUUGAUGGAGACCCUGCAAACGGGCUGUAUGGAAACUUAGGACCUAAAGAUGUAUGUACUAAGGAGCACAGGACAUUGGCACUUGAAGCAGCAAGGCAAGGCAUUGUGCUUUUGAAGAAUGAUAAGAAGUUCUUGCCUUUGGAUAAGAGUAGGAUUUCUUCAUUAGCUAUUAUUGGUCCACAGGCUGAUCAGCCAUUUCUGGGUGGCGGUUACACAGGAAUUCCCUGCAAACCAGAGAGCCUUGUUGAAGGACUCAAGACAUAUGUGGAGAAAACAUCAUUUGCAGCUGGUUGCGUGGAUGUGCCUUGCCUUUCAGACACUGGAUUUGAUGAAGCUGUUAGUAUUGCAAGAAAAGCUGAUAUUGUUGUUGUUGUGGCUGGAUUGGAUUUGUCUCAAGAAACUGAAGAUCACGAUAGGGUUAGUCUUCUCUUGCCUGGAAAGCAGAUGGCCCUUAUUUCUUCUGUUGCCAGUGCAAUUCAAAAGCCCCUAGUCUUGGUUCUUACUGGGGGUGGACCUCUUGAUGUGUCAUUUGCUGAACAAGACCCACGAAUCGCAAGCAUUCUGUGGAUUGGUUACCCUGGUGAGGCUGGUGCAAAAGCACUAGCAGAAAUAAUCUUUGGAGAUUUCAAUCCAGGUGGAAGAUUGCCCAUGACAUGGUAUCCUGAGUCAUUCACCCGUGUGCCCAUGAAUGAUAUGAACAUGAGGGCUGAUCCUUAUCGCGGCUAUCCAGGAAGAACUUAUCGAUUUUAUAUUGGACAUAGAGUCUAUGGAUUUGGACAAGGCUUGAGUUAUACCAAGUUUGCUUACCAGUUUGUUUCAGCUCCAAACAAAUUAAAUUUACUGAGAUCAAGUGACACUGUUUCCAGUAAGAACAUACCGCGACAAAGAAGAGAAGAGGUUAAUUACUUUCACAUUGAAGAGUUGGACACUUGUGAUUCAUUAAGAUUUCAUGUUGAGAUCUCUGUGACUAAUGUUGGAGACAUGGAUGGAAGCCAUGUUGUAAUGUUGUUCUCUAGAGUGCCAAAAAUUGUGAAGGGCACUCCAGAAAAACAGCUAAUUGGGUUCAGUCGUGUGCAUACUGUGUCUCGUAGAUCAACUAAAACAAGCAUCAUGGUAGAUCCUUGUGAACAUUUUAGCAUUGCAAAUGAGCAAGGCAAAAGGAUAAUGCCCUUGGGUGAUCACACUAUGAUGUUAGGAGAUGUAGUGCAUUCUGUCUCGGUUGAAAUUUGAGUGUUCAUUUGAAGUUCAAAUGAGCAUCCACAUUAAUAAAGAAGCAUUGGGUUUUUUUUUUUUU